AUGACGAAGCAAGAAUCUCCCAAUAUUGUCAAUCUGACAACGAAGGCCGUGGCAAGUAUUGAUGCAUAUCAAGCAGACAAAACUGAACAGGCGCGGCAGGAUGCCCUUGCAAAUGCUGUUAGACUAGUGAGAGCUCUCGAAACCCCCGCAGAUGCAAUCUACAAGCUAUUUGCUUCGCCUGCUAUUCUCAUGGCUGUUAAGACCGCCAAUGACAUGGGUAUCUUUACCCUUUUGUCUGAAAAGCGCUCUGCUGUAUCCUGGGAAGAGUUGGCUGCACUGAAAAACGCGGAUAUCCAACUUGUUGAACGUAUAAUGCGUGUCCUUGUUUGCAAUGGCUUUGCUAGUGAACUAGGUCCCGGCCAAUACGCGCCUACCGACCUAUCAAGCAAGAUGACAGAGAGGAAAACGAUUGGAACAAUGGACUCACUCUUCAUCGACUUUUUACCUAUCAUUCAGAAAACACCGGAAUUCUUCCAAAAGUCUGACUACAAAAACCCUGGGGACCCCAUCAAUGGGCCAUUUCAACAUGCCUAUAACACAACUGGUUCCUGCUGGGACUGGCUAGCCAAGAACCCAGAUGCACUAGACCGUUUUAAUACUUUCAUGGAGGGCGGCCGAGAUGACACCUCUCACUGGACUGACUGGUUUCCUGCUCAGGAGCAGUUACUGGAUGGAGUGUCGACCGAUUGUCCGCUGCUUGUUGAUGUUGGCGGAGGUCGCGGUCAUGACCUCGUCGGAUUCAAGCAAAGAUUCCCCAUUGGGGCCGGGAGGCUUGUACUUGAGGAUCUGCCUUCGGUUAUUGAGGACAUUCAAAAACUCGACAGUGACAUUCAGAGAGUCAAACAUAACUUUUUCGAGCCUCAGCCAGUCAAAGGUGCUCGCGCAUACUACUUCAAGCAUAUCAUGCACGAUUGGUCGGAUGAUAACUGCAGGGUGAUUUUGAAGCACACCACAGCUGCCAUGGAGAGGGGAUUUUCAAAAGUUUUGAUUGAGGAUUACAUUGUUCCUGACACAAAUGCCGGUCCAAAGGAGGCGUUGACUGAUAUGAUUGUCAUGGUAUGGUGUCCAGGGAUUGAACGGACGCGUCAGAGGUGGAUAGAGCUUUUGGAGUCAGUCGGACUGACAAUCACAAACUUCUGGCUACCUCAUGGGUAUCACAAAGGCAUCAUUGAAGCCGAACUACAAGGGAAGGUUUGA